AUGGGAGGCCCUAAUCUCGAAGUCUUCAAGUUUGGCAUGUACAUCAUGUUCCCCAUCGGCUGGAUGUACUAUUUUGGCACAAAUCUGGACGAACGCUUUUCCAUUCCCGACUUCUGGCCCAAGGAGAACGAAACCCAUCACAUUCCCUUUGAAAAGGACGAGAUCCAGUCCGAACUCACAAGACUACGCGCCCGCCGUCUGGCCGCCCGCCAGAGGAGACUGGAGUUGGAGGGCAACAACGCUCCUGUCGAGCAGCACAUCGACCCACAACCCAGCCCUAUCCUCGAGUCGCUGAAGACUGCCCAGUCUGAGACCAUGGCUCAACAUCAGCCUGAGCAAUCAUCAAACAACUCUCAGUCACAGGGCUGGUUCUCAUGGCUCAAGUAG